AUGAUGAAAAACGGAAGAAUCUUGUUGGAGGAGCUUAUUGCUUCUUGGGAUGGAAAAUGUAAUCCUAUCCGUACCUUCUCAACCAAAGAGCUCCAAAGAGCAACAAAUAACUAUGAUUCUAGACAGUGGCGAAAAUAUGUUUAUCAUGAACCAGGUGAUGUGUUUCAUUUCUUACCAGAUCGUGUCAAGGAUCUUAUUGACAAUGAUCAGCGGUUGAUUGAGAUUGUACAUCCUGCUAUUUCGAGAGAAGACAUUGAGCAGCAAGAAUUGCAAGCUGUUGCAAAGCUUGCUCUUAGUUGCAUCAGCGAGGAAGAAGAAGAUCGGCCAACAAUGACAGACAUAGCAAGAGAACUCAAGAGAAUUCAGAAGCAUGUUCCACCUCUUUAA